AUGUCAAUCCCACCACAACUUAUCCGUGUGAAGCGCAAGCGGGUCGCCGAGUCGCCCGUCACAUUUCUUCAAUUUGAUCAAGACUCCAAGCGUCAUCGAAGCGGGAGCAAUUGGGCAUACCAGCGUCGCGAGGUAGCUGGUCAACAACCUCCAAGGGAGGGCAAGUCUACCCAGCCCAUCAUCCAUGUGUCAGCCCCAGACAAGGUCGCAAGUCACGAUAAAAGAAAAGAUGAAGCGCAUAUACCCGCCAAACCAGCGCAGCCCAGUGAGACAACGCCACGUCCCCUUGAACCUCGUAGGUUCCAUAUGUCAAAGUCUAUGCUAGCAAAAAGGGCGGCCCAAGGACCUGAUUCUGGCGUCUCCAAGAAGACCAGAUACGGUCCAGCUGUGUUUGUGGAAUCUACGCGAAAAAGGAGGGUCCCACGAAGAAGCCUAGCAGCAAGCCAGCUACCGAUGCAGCUCGAGAACGAACUGCACAGAGCCGAACAGAAUUCAGGGAGCGACAUAGAACGGAGACAGCUAAAGCGUCCAGGCGUAACAAAUAAAUCUCGUGACACAGCUUCGCAAAACGUAAUCCCGACCCGAGAUCCUCUGCCUGAUUCAUUGAUGAAUCGCCAUAAUGAGGACAUGGAUAAAAUAGCAAACGACAUGAAUGCCUGGGUACUUAACGAGCUAGGUGCCAACCUUCACAGUAUGGAGCAGGACAAUAGGCCAUUGAGAUUCAAACCCAAGAGCCCGGCCAAGCGCUUCCACGAACGGCAUCCAGAGCUUGCCCCUCCCCAAAGCUCAGGAACUUCUACUGAUACCACAGUGAGUGACCUCAGUGAUGAGGGAGACGACGACGACUGGGUUAUCGAAGAGUACGUCCGUAUUCCCGCCAAUUCCGUAGCUUUGGACGCGGGCCCAGCCGACGUCGGCAUUCUUGUUCUCGAAGACGAGGAAGAAAGUCUUCUCUUCUUCGGGUCAUCACUCGAUGAGGAUGACGAGCUCGGCGAAGACGAUGAAGAUGAGAAUGCGGAAAACUAUUACACAGCAGACUACCCCGAAGACGAAGUUGACUCUGACGACGAAUAUGGUCGUGACGCCUACGUCUACCGCCACGGAAACAACUCUGACGAGGAGGAGUAUGACAACGAGUACUACGAAGAACAAGACGAGAUGAUACUCGAGGGGGGCAUCGAUGACAACGACGACGCCCGAAUGGCACGCAUCAAAGAAUUCAUGAAGCGAAACUCGGCAUUCCCCUAG